UUCGAGGGGUUCCGACCUUCGAAGCGGUUGACCUCAGCACCGCUCAACCAAUUUAUGUAAAUAUAUAUCCGACUUUAAGUACGACACCGCAAUCAAUAAUAAUCACUUUUCGAACAAGCAACAAAUUGUCCUACUCAUGAGAUUCCUCCGGUGAAGACUGGUUGGUGUCUUUCAUUACCGUACCUACGACGCACGCCCUAACCUCGGAACAAAGCUGUACCGGACUCCUACUCGAGAAUGCACCAAAUGGGCCGAUAACGGUCACGUGACCGAAUGAGAAGAGGGGUUAAGUUUAUCUGCCUGAGGCUCGAUUGGCCUCCAGCCCCCUCUUUACAUCAAUCACCAAGGUGUACGGAGUACCUAGUAGGUGUAUUGCUGAAUACACGUGAUACCAUUCAGAAUUUGAUGUUGGAAACAUCUGAGAUGGCGGGCGCUCAUGCAAAGCCCCCAGCAGAGGGCCAGGCUCCCAGCUCAAGUCGACCAUUCCCGUGCGAUGAAUGUCCGAAAACAUUCACCAGAAAUGAGAACCUGCGACGGCAUAAGCGCGCGCGUCAUCAUCGUGCCCUGAGUCAUGAUUUCGAAUGCGAUGGCUGUCAUGCGGUUUUUACUAGAAGUGACGUGUUGAGAAGGCACCGGGGUCGUUGCCCGGCAGAAGCAUCUGCUAAUCAUGCAUCUCGGCCGCAAACAAGUCCACAGCAGAGCUACCAGCCAGUUGUUGAGACGACCACGCUUGUAGCUGCGACCGAUAUCCUGACACCGAGCGAGGCGCUGACUGCAAAUGCUAUGCCUGGCGAUCACUUUUGGGAGGAGCAUAGCUCCUUUGCUACCAAUCUUCCGCGAGAAUACAUAAUGCCCUCGCCAAUCUACACCGAUCGAAGCGACUAUGACAUGGAAGGGAAAGUCAAGAACUACUUUGAGCAUUUCCAUCCGUCGCUACCGUUGUUGCACCGGCCUACAUUUACAGUAUCAUCGGCACCGAAGCUACUGCUCAAAGCUGUGGCCGUGAUAGGUAGCUUAUGCUCGUCAGUGGUAUGCACCGAUGAAGAAGCCCAAGCCCGGGUGCACUGGCGUCAGGAUACGUGGCAAAGUGGACAACAGGAACUUCGAAAUAUGGUGUCCAAUGAAUGCGGCAACAUACGGAAACCCUGGGUGAUGCAAGCCUGGAUACUGUACAUGAUAUAUGGUGUUUAUGCAGGAGAAGCAGCCCAAUUCCGGACAGCACGGGACAUGCUGCGACAAAUUGUCGAUGCUCUACGCGAGGUCGGUCUCUCUCAUCAAGAGAUUGUCAUGCCCGAGUCACGGUCCUGGCUGUACGACAUCGACUACCCCCACACAGAGCAAUCGCAAACCGUGUACACCCGAUGGACCUCCUAUAUAACUGCAGAGUCCACACGGAUGGCGCUCUACACAUUGGUCUUCCUGGACUCACAUGUUUUCGUACCCUGCAACUCCCGGCCAUUGAUGUCUUCAAUGGAGCUACGAUGGGAGCUCCCCUUCCCAACCAAGCUCUGGGAGGCGAAAGACCCUGAAAUAUGGAUUCGGAGAUUCAGCGAGUAUUUCGGUGUCUCUGCCUUGACAUUCACCAACGAUUUGCUCCACCAGCCUCGCGGGCUAGCAGCAGCUUCCUUGACAAUGGCGACGCAGCAACUCAUGACUGAAGAUCCCGGAACCGAGUUAACCUCUGUUCUCGAAGCAUCGCCGAUUGCAGCAUUCUACGUGCUAGCAAACCUGGAUACUCUGGUGCGGGACUUCACACGGUGUUACUACCAAAUGCCACCCAGCUAUUCUGACCCAAAUCCAUUCCACAUCCUGACUCAAAGUCAAACCAAGAGUGUUCACAUGGCCAUACGUAACAUUGGCAAACUUGUGAAAGACGCGGCCACCACGAGUGACAGUCCCCAGUUUCUUCAGUGGAGAACCAACGAGCUCUUUAUUGUAUCCCUGCAGGUCAAUCUGUGUCGGCCCGAUCAGCUACUGAUUGGAGGCAUCGUCGAUAACAGCUUAAUUGCCGGCCUGGCUGCCUCAACCCAUCUGAUGCGAGGUAACUUUGUCGCGGUUCGACGAUCUGCGCCUUGGGUGGCACCUCGACCGGGCGGCAAUGAGGGUGUGCUUGCCUUACUCAGUGAGCUUUCUGCUGCACUCGCUAGCAUAUACGGUGAGGACUCGCAAAGAAUUGCUUUUGAAGCGCCGUGGGUCACAGUUACUAGCUACGGGGUCCUUCUGUGCAUCUGGGGAGCGCUCAGGCGUGCAACAACGGAGAUUCGUGAUCAUUUGAAUACAUUCAACGAACUUCCACGGACAUCCGAGCCAUGUAUGUUGAUCUUCAACUCACUCCUAGAGGCCGCCUUGCAGUACUCCCCAGCUAUUAGACAAGAUCGGGGGAGUCGCGAUCCACGGUUGUGGUCUACGGACCGUGAAGCCUUUUUUACUCUAUUAGAGGAAGGGCAAGUGAGGUUUGCAGAGCUCGUCAAGACCUUCUGUCAGCAGCGACUUGUGUGGAGCAUUGGGCCGUCGAUGUUGGCUGUACUGAGAGAACUCCCCGACGAGGCUACGUAGUCGUGGACCAGAGAGUAAGUGGAGGAGGAUGUGGAGCUCCACUUGGCCAACUUAACACACACAGGUUGUCACUUCAUACCCCGCUUUCGCUAUCUGCGCGGCGCCUGCGGG